AUGGAAUUCAUGAGAGGUGACAUCAACGAAUUCAUCGAGACCAUCGCAGGAUACAAGUCGACCAUCUCAGUCGGGCUAGGCACUAUAGCAAUGCAUACUUCGAGGAUCUCCCAUAAUGUUCUCGUAGAAUAUAGCGAGAUGAUCCAUGACACCACCUAUAAUUUGGAACUUCACCUACAGCGCAUUGAAGAGAAGAUGACAAAGCUUACUGCUGAGCGUGACUUUGCAUCGGGAGGGACUAUAGAGUUGAAAGACGAGAAGGAGGUUACAAGGCAAUGUCUUCGCAUCUGUAAAGAAGCCAGAUCGUACCUCGAUAUUGUAUCAACAGGGGCCUCCAGCCUGCUGCAGGAAGUAUCUCAAAAUGGCUCCGAAGAUCGAUUGUACGAUGCACAGAGACGGACGCGCGAAAUUCUGAACGAAACUCGAGACAGCUUGACACGGACUUCUAGCCACCUGGCACGACGCCUCGAGUGUCUGAGCCUAGAUUAUGCUUCCACCAGCGACCAUGAGAGAAGAAACUUAAAGACGGAUAUCGAAAUGUCGAAGCGAUGUCUCGAAGUCUGCGAUAUGGCCAGCGAAAAUUCCCGCCAAAAGGUUUAUAAGGUCGGGGAGGCUAUCGCUGAUGGCGAUAGCGGCCAAGUGCUGGUCACUACUAUGGCGGAUCUGUUUGACGUUGGAAAAGCGGUAUCCAAAGACAACUCAGCACAGCUACUUGGGUUUAUGUCGCCGGAUGAUCUACGACACGUCGUCGACAAGCGGUAUGGCAGUCGUUUUGGAGCUACAGCCGACCACAGCGUCUCGGAAGUGGGCUUCACUAAUGCAAAGUCGGUCGUUGAAGUCUCUGGCACCGAACCUUCUCCCGCUCAGGCUGUCAACGUUGAGCAACGCACAGCGCAUAGUCCAAAACAGACCAAAGCCUCCCCGAACGAGAUUAGGAAACGAAGUCCUCAACGCUGA